GCCGAGGAUGCGCACGACCGCGAUGAGAAGCCCGACGCGGGCUCAGGCGGCGGCAGCAAAGGCGAGGUAAAAAGCUCCAGCGGCAGCGGCAAAGGCGGAAGAACGCAGUGCGACCGCCGCGGCUCGUGGUCGCGCGGUGACUGGCGCGACCGCAGCACGUGGUCGAGCGGCCGCGCCUCUUGGACCUGGCGUUUGCAGGCCGCGCGCGCCGCCCAGGCCUGCUGGGGCCUCAG